AUGGGCCGUCACCUCUUUCACUCAAUGGUGAAAGACUAUCAUAUUGAACCAUCUCCUCAACAUUAUUCAAGUAUGGGGGACAUGUUGGGACAGGCAAGGAAAUUGGAGGAAGCAGAGGAAUUGAUGAGUCAGAUCCUGGGACAGCCUGGGUUUACGUUGUUGCAAAGCCGGCUUGGGGCUGGCCGGAUCCAUGGGAAUGUGGAGAUGGCGGAGAGAGUAGCCGAUACAUUGAUGGGAUUGGAACCAAUGGAAUCAGAUUCUUUUGUGUUGAUGUCCAACUUGUAUGCUGAGAAAGGGGACUGA